AUGUCCGAUGAAAAUGAGCUCAAAAUCGCUAAUGCAUUGACCGCUUACCAUGACCGUAAUGAGCCGAAGAUCAAGCCAUUGGCAAGGGAAUUCGGCGUCAGUUACCAGACCCUGCUAGGCCGUAUACGGGGUGCCGGGUCAGCAAGUGGCCGACUUGCCACCAAUAAGGCAUUGGACUCGGUCCAAGAAAAAGCAUUGCUUGACUGGAUUAUCUUUAUGGAUAGCUGCGGCGCACCCCCGACGGCAUUAUCGAUACAGCACAGCGCCGAUGACAUUAUUCAUCGAUCAGACCCGGACCGGAAGCCUCUUUGGCAUGGCUGGGGCCUGGCAUUUACUAAGCGACUGCCAAAGCUUGCACCCCACCUCCAUUUUAUUAAGCAGAAGCCGAAGGACCCGAAGCGAAUGGGCGCCGAGGACGUAGGUCUUACGGAGAUGUGGUAUGACCGCCUAGAGCAGUGUAUUAAGCAGUAUGGGUUUCGACCGAAGGACAUCUAUAAUAUGGAUGAAACCGGCUUCCGAAUCGGCGAAGGAAAGGCUCAGAAAGUGGUAUCUGCUUCACCUAUUAGCUUCACUGCAACCGGGGGCCAUAGCGAGAGUAUUACCGCUAUUGAAUGUAUUGCUGCCGAUGAUUGGAAGACGCCGCCGUGGUUUCUAGUGAAAGCUCAGUAUCACCAGGAAUGCUGGUAUAUUGACGAAAUGCCUGAUGAUUGGACGAUAAAACCGACACCAAAGGGCUAUUCGUCUUACACCACUGCAUUAGAAUGGCUAGACUCAUUUAUCGAGGCCACAAACCACCGAGUCUAUCGCCAUAAAUACGCCGAAAGCGAUGAUGAAUUAGCGGAAGCUCGUGGCCAUGGCGGUCGCCGUCGAUACGGCCAAGAUGCAGCGAUUCGACAAGAGAUAAAGGCGAUACGGGAAGAAGAAGACCGAGUACACUGCCGAGGGUAUCGCCUUCUUCUUUUCGACGGCCAUAAGUCUCACUGUCGAUUUUUUCGCGAAAUCGUCAAGGUUCGGGAGGGGAUGGAUGCUCUCUCAGAGCACGUUAUUAAGGAAGGUUUCCGCCUUACUGGAAUUGUCCCUAUUGAUGCGCAAUUAGCUAUGGAGCAAGAGAUUAGAGAUGCUAAUGAUGAGACCAAUGAUAUAUGGCUAGACGGCUUUCCUGAUAGAGAUGGAGAUGCAGCUCAAGACCGCGAGCUCGCUAGCUCUAUCACCAUGUCACCGCCGCGAGACGUACUAGACACGAAAUCGACGUCUCAGAAGCUUCUCAAUGACAUCGCCGAUGCUCGACGCCGUCUAGCUACCCUUAAGCGGACGGCCACGUCGAUAAGGAAGAGGAAUAAUGAGAGCGCUAAGGAGAGAAAUCAUCGCGAGAACGGAGAGAGACGUCGCCUGAAGAGCUUCCUAUCUAUCGUGGAGAGAGUUUUACACCGGUCUACGCUCAUUUGUAGCACUGCAGGAAAUUCGACCGAGGGUCUUGCCCAGUUCCGUGCCGACAAUCAGCUUCUUCUUACCCAUACCCACAAUCGAACGACGAGGCCCUCUGGCCGACAGAUCAGGAUAGUUGGACCACUCACAAAAGGCGAUGCAAAUAAGGAUAUACGCAAGCGAGAGCUAAAGGAGAGAGAUCAGGCCGAGAAGAAGGCGAUAUCGCUAGCUAAUAAAGCGGCCAAAAACCCUAUGCCAGCAGAGCUUCUUGCUAGGGGGAAUGCCAGCCUAAAUACGCCGGCGCCGCCGCUGCCGAUGUCACCGCUGCCGAUGCCUGAAUCGAGUCCAUCGAGAAAGCGAGGAAUGUGGAGAUAA